AUGAUCGCCUCAUUCUCUCGGCCUCGAAUAGCGCUUCUUUUAGGAUUGAUUUCUAUCGCAUGGCUGACUUUUCAUUUCUCGAAUGAUACGAGCGUUGCCAAUUCAACGAGCUCUCACUCGACAUCUGGACUCUUUUCUUCCUCGCUCACUCCCUCCAUCCCAGGAGAUGACGAGGAAUACGUGGCGCUUUGCUUCACAGCCAAAAAUGAAUCUCUGAAUCUACCAGAGCUUUUCACGCAUUACUACUACCACGUCGGAAUCCGGCGAUUUUAUAUCAUGGACGAUGGAAGCACCCCACCGCUUUCCUCAUACCAUUAUCCCAUCCCUAAAAAACACAUCGCAUUCACCUACUAUACCGCCUCACAACGCCACGAAAAAAACAACCAGCUCUUCCUAAACGAUGAAUGUCACCGUCUAUUCGGCAACAAACACACAUGGAUGGGCCAUUUCGACUGCGACGAAUACCUGGAGGUAGUCCGUCGCAACGAUACGCUCGUUUCCAUUCUCCAAGACCUCUCGCUUGAUCCGAGAGUCGGUCAGUUGGGGGUGAACUGGCAAGUUCAUAAUUCCAACGAUAAAAACGUGCGGCAGCCGUCGAUUCGAAAAGGAUAUACCUCGUGUAUCGACGAUGAUCCGGCUUCUAAUGGUGAGCAAUCUCGGAAUCGCCAUGUCAAGUCUUUUGUGCGUACCGAUCAUUAUGUGAGCUCGCAGCCGGAUCAUCCCCAUACGUUUGUGAUGGGGAAGGAUAGCAUUGCGGUGGGAGAGGAUGGGAGAGAGUGGAACACGGGGUUGGAUCAGUUCUCGUAUCCGUCUCCGUGGAGGUGGCCGGUCACGAGACAGCGAUUGACUUUGCAUCAUUAUAAUAUUAAGAGUCGGGCGGAGUAUGAGGAGAAGAUGUUGAGGAGUCAGACGAUUGAGGCUGGGAAGACGACUUGGAAGUUUUUUGAUGAUGAGAAUCUAGUCCCCCGGUGGGAAUGUAAGGAGAUGGCUAGUUAUAAUCCUUGA